CAACGAGACUAUAGAACAAUAUUAUCAACAAAAUGGUGACGGUUAUCAGCUUAGAGAAAAUUUAUCUGAUCGUGAAUUAAACAUUAUGAAAUAUAAACAAAUUAAUACUGUUGAAACGAGUUCACGACAGACAAGUCCUGAUUAUUCGAAUUUUUAUUUGGCUAUGCCGAAUGGCCAAUGGAUGGUUAGAACAAGAACGGCUGCUAGAAAAAUUACCGGUACUCAAUACGUUGACCAAGAACGUAUAUAG